UUCUGAAUGUACCUGCUUCUCUGAUGGAGAAUAGGCAUAAACCCUAUUCAGGGGACAUGAACAUAGGCAUAGUGGCCUCUCCUGUCUGGGGCCCACCUGGCUCCAUGAGGUCAUUGUGGGCCCAUGCUGCUCUGAGAUACCCUGCAUCAGCCAGGUCUCACAGAACUUUCCCUGUAGCCUGAUACUCUAGUCUGAUAAAAGGGGGCAUGGAUUUGGUUUCACAGUUGACCUAGAUACCCAAAUUCCUCCAGAAUUACCAGUUGCUCUUGCCUUGAGUGUUUAAACAUAAGAUUAUCUGAGUCUCAAAUUCAGGAUGGCUGGAAAUUCAGAGUUGCCUUUCCUAUGUCAUUAUUGAACCCAGCCUGGCUGUAGGUGGACAGCACAGUAUCCAUGGCUUAGACACUGGCCCCUAAGUGAGGGCCGUGAUCCAUCUUCAGGAAGGACAGAGAUAGUGGCAAUUUAUAUGGCAGUGCCAAAGAGAGUCUUGGGGGUGGGGGGAUUUGCUCUCCCUCCCUUGCAGUUACCCCAGCCAACAGCACUCUGGUGCAAGACCUAAGCUUAAAGAAGGAAACUUUUGGGGCCUGAGUACUGUGGCAGGAUGUGGACUUCAGGAUCUCUGCAGCUGUCUGCAUUCACCCAUUUUUUCUUUUCUCUUUUUUUUUUUCUUUAGCAGUAGUGGGGAAUUGAACCAGGUAGCAGCGAGCUAUAUCCCCAGCUCUUUUUAUUUUGCUAAAUUGCCUGGACUGACUUCGAAUUUGUGAUCCUCCUACCUCAGCCUCCCAAGCAGCCAGAUUACAAGUAUGCAGCAUUACUCCUGGCUCAUGCAUUAACCUCUCUGUUAUCCAUACCAGGAAGCACAGCAGUACAUCAUGACAACAGAGCCAUGGUCCCCUGUAGUGGUUCAGGGAACAAGUUUCCGAGGUUGGAAAGAUGUGACUUCUCUGUUUAAUAAAGAUGAUGAACAACAUCUGCUCGAAAGAUGUAAAUCUCCCAAGUCCAAAGGAACUAACUUACGAUUAAAAGAAGAGUUGAAGUCAGAGAAGAAAUCUGGAUUUUGGGAUAAUUUGGUUUUAAAACAGAACACACAGCCUAAGAAACCAGAUGAGAUUGAAGGUUGGGAGCCUCCAGGACUUGCUUUCGAAGACAUGGCUGAUGAUACAGGGGAUGCCUCUAGUGACUGUCAGCGCUGGUCAGGCUGGGAGGGCGAUGCAAAGGGUUCCAGCAAGUACACCAGCCUGUCCGGCUCGGCAGCCAGCUCCCGCUGGAGCCUGCGGUCAGCGGGGAAGCUGGUCAGCAUCCGGAGGCAGAGCAAAGGUCACUUGACAGACCGCCAGGAGGAUGUGGAGUAAGUGGGGCAAGCCGUGGUGCCAAGUGUAUGCAGACCUCGCGCCGCUGCAUAAGCUUUUGGGUUUGCCUGGUUUGGUGGUGUCCUGUUCACCCCAUUCAGUGUCAAAGCUCCCAGCGUUACAGUAGGAACCCAGUGCCUGCAUUUCCUACCUGAUGCACGGUGGCUCCCCGGUGAACAUGUGCAGGUUUGCAUUUGGUUGCCUUAAGCAGAAUGUCCACCCACUGUAGUCCAUGUUUGCUGAAGAUGUUCCACAGUGACUUGCAGUUGGCCAGAAAGUGUUCCCAUGCUGCCCCAGCUGCAGUUCUGUUUUGAGACCUCUGCGUUCUCCCUUGCACGUGACACGUGGCCGUCUGGCGCCCUGUGGCAGAUGUGCCAUACUCUUCUGCCCUUAGAGGCUGUAGCCCCGGAGGCAAAAUGAAUCUUUUUCAAGGGUUGUUUUAUAUUCUGUUUAACUUGCAAGAUAAACUUUUUUCUUACUAAAUUUUUAAAAAUAUGUAACAAAUUAAAUACUGGAAAAGCAAAGGUUACAUUUGAGAGUCAAGUGGCAGCUCGUGUGUCCACCACUGGAGGAGCAGCCUCCGGGUGCACUCAUGGUAACCUUGCUUCUUCUGGACUCUAUUGUUUCCCCUGAACAUCUGAGUACUCCUCUUUAUUUCCUUCAAAAAUUUGCAUUUUUAGUUCAAAGAUUAAAGCAAUGUUAUAAAGUGAGGAUGAAUUUUAGUAAUAAUUUUGUUUGGAAAAUUUUAACUUGCUGAGUAUAGGGUUAAAACUAUACGCUGAAGUGCCUCUUUUCUAUUAUCCCUAUGUGUUUAGUUUUUGAAAUGAGAUACUGUGAUUGAUGUUAGAUCUCUAGGAAAUGUUUUCUCUAGAUAGCUUGGGGCUGAUUGGACAGCAUUGUGCUCUGCCUGUCUCUGUAGACCUGCUGCUGUGUCCCGUGUGGCCCUGUGUGUCAGGGUCAGUGGUUGUGUCUGGCAGGGUAGCUCUUAGCAGCAAGUGGUGCAGAUAUCUAUCUUAGGAAAAAGUGGUUUGAUAGACGUGUAUUUUUAGUUUAUUAAAAAAAGCCUCCAGUUACACUGUAUAUUCCCUUCCUGGGAAAAACAAAAUAACAGAAAAACAGCAACAAACAAAACUCAUCCUUGAGUGUUCCAGUGCUGUUUUAUUUACCUGGAUGUUCUGUCUAAUACUUCUGUGGGAUAACUGAGCCCACUGGCCAAGCACAGUGCAGUGUGUCAGAGUGCUUGUUUGUACUCUUAGACAAGUUUACUUGAUCAGUCUGUUCAUCUGCCUUCUGUAGCUGGCUGUCCGUCUCUCUGCCCAUCCAUCCACCUGUCUGUCCAUCCAUCAUCUAUUCAUCUGUCCACCCAUCUUACCUUUUUAAAAUAGAAAAAUUUUACUUACCAAGUCUCAAAAUUGGGACAUGCUUUAAGUGGUAUCCAAAUAAAUAUUUGUUAGAACCUUGAAAUUGUGAAAAUUUUGUUUAAUAACAGAAAAGUUUAUAACUUUUAGUACAGAAGCUGAGUUGGGAAAUUUUAAGUAUCCUCAGGAAAGCUGGAUGCACGGCUGUGACCCUCCACGUCCCCCGUGAAACACUGCUGGGAUGACACAGACCUCCAGCAUGCCAGGACCCAUGCAAGUAUCUUAUAGCAGUAGCUGGUGUGCACUUCUGUUUGGGUGUGCAGGGAUGGAUGUAAGUUCUGCAUUGGAGCCUCCAGCAGUCCAGCCAGUCGCCAUGGUUGUGCCUCUGCUGCAGCACUGAGUGCCUGCAGUGCUCACUGACAUUCUGCUGCACAUGCUAGGGGCACCCAUGUGUCCUUCCUCAUGGAAGAAGACUGAGCCAGACUGGUAUUGGCAGAUGCACUGUGAGUUGAAUUUACCUACAAAGAUUAGUGAAAAAAUGAUUUUUCUUAUAUCUGGUUUUUAGUGUAAAUAUUUAUUGGUGUGCUUUAGGGGGAAAUGCUGUUUCUUGAAAGGACUUAACCAAAGUGAAUCUUCUGUUUACACAGUGGCAGACCGGGCCAGGGUGCAGACAGUGCUGAGAUUCUGGGAAAGUUGUGAGGACUUGCAGGCUUGGGCAUCUGUGCCCUACAGUGUUCUGUGGUUUCUAACAGGAUGUAACUGUCUUCAGGGAGGGAAGAGUCCACUGUAAUGCUGAGAUUUAAAAAAAUAAAAGUACUGUUUUUGUCUUCUUCCCUCGGUAGUGUGCAAAGACAUUAUCAUUCCCUUACAGAAAUUUUACUUGAUCACUUAACGCUAAUGGCACUGUCUUGACCUUGUAAACUUCAUUUUAAGGGUCAGACUCUAGGGGCUG